AUUCUUCUUUUCGCCUCUGUUCAGAUCAGACGUCCGCCUUUCAAUCUCUACUGGAAAAUAAACUCGUCAAGGGGUCGCCGGCAGCAGUCCAUCCGGCGGAGGAUACCGCUAUAAUGGGUGAUUUCCACCUGAGUGGACUUUACAACAGUUUUCGCGCUUGCGGAUUUUGAUAGAAAACAACACAGCUUGAAACGCCCGCUAGCUAGCGUUAGUUCUCGCCGCUGUCCUGUGGUGUUAUCUUGGUGAAGUCUUCAAACGAGAGAUACCAAAGGAAUCUUACUUGUGGUCGUUUCUAAACCACAAAGAUGUCGGGGGCAUCUGUAAAAGUUGCGGUUCGAGUUCGGCCCUUCAACUCCAGGGAGACGGGCAAGGACUCCAAAUGCAUCAUUCACAUGCAAGGCAACACUACAACUAUUCUCAACCCCAAACAACCAAAGGAACCAGCAAAGACCUUCAGUUUUGAUUACUCAUACUGGUCGCACACUACGCCGGAAGACCCCAGCUUUGCAUCACAGAACCGUGUGUUCAAUGAUAUUGGCAAAGAAAUGCUGGCCCACGCGUUUGAGGGCUACAACGUCUGCAUCUUCGCUUAUGGCCAGACAGGAUCGGGCAAAUCCUACACCAUGAUGGGCCGGCAGGACGAGGGGCAGGAAGGAAUCAUUCCCAUGCUUUGUGAAGAUCUAUUCUUUAAAAUCAAUGAUGAGGACAACAAAGAGGAGCUCGCCUACUCAGUAGAGGUCAGUUACAUGGAGAUCUACUGUGAGCGGGUGCGAGAUUUGCUUAACCCCAAGAACAAGGCGAAUUUACGAGUACGAGAGCACCCUUUACUGGGUCCCUACGUGGAGGACCUGUCCAAGCUAGCUGUCACCUCCUACACAGACAUCGCUGACCUCAUGGAUGCAGGCAACAAGGCCAGAACCGUGGCUGCCACCAACAUGAAUGAGACCAGCAGCCGGUCACACGCUGUUUUCACCAUCGUCUUCACACAGAAGAAACAUGACAGUGAAUCAGAUCUCUCCACAGAGAAGGUCAGUAAAAUCAGUCUGGUAGACUUGGCAGGAAGUGAACGAGCAGAUUCCACUGGAGCUACAGGUACCAGGCUAAAGGAGGGAGCCAACAUCAACAAAUCCCUCACCACGUUAGGAAAGGUUAUCUCCGCCCUGGCUGAAGUGAGCAAGAAGAAGAAGAAGACUGACUUCAUCCCGUACAGAGACUCUGUUUUGACAUGGCUUCUGAGGGAGAACCUAGGUGGAAACUCAAGAACGGCCAUGGUAGCUGCCCUCAGUCCUGCAGAUAUCAACUACGAUGAAACUCUCAGCACGCUCCGCUAUGCCGACCGAGCUAAGAACAUCAAAUGUAAUGCUGUCAUCAAUGAGGAUCCCAACAACAGGCUGGUGCGCGACCUCAAGGACGAAGUAUCUCGACUGAAGGAGCUGCUCCGUGCUCAGGGCCUAGGGGACAUCCUAGACACCCCUAUUGGUUCCCUGACAGCCUCACCAUCCUCUGGCUUGCUGUGCAACCAGGGGGGCCUUCAGUCUGCCACCAGCAUCCAGGAGCGCAUCAUGUCCACCCCUGGAGGAGAGGAGGCCAUCGAGAGACUCAAGGAAUCAGAAAAGAUUAUUGCCGAGCUCAAUGAAACCUGGGAAGAGAAACUGCGAAAGACUGAGGCAAUCCGCAUGGAGAGGGAGGCAUUGCUUGCAGAGAUGGGUGUGGCAAUCCGUGAAGAUGGAGGCACUUUGGGGGUCUUCUCUCCUAAAAAGACUCCACACCUGGUUAACCUGAAUGAGGAUCCUCUCAUGUCAGAGUGCCUGCUCUACUACAUCAAAGACGGAAUUACAAGGGUGGGUCAGGCUGAUGCUGAAAGACGUCAGGACAUUGUUUUAAGUGGUGCUCAUAUCAGGGAAGAGCACUGCGUCUUCCGCAGCGAGAGGAAUCUCAAUGGAAAUGUUGUCGUCAUGCUGGUGCCAUGCGAGGGAUCUGAAACGUACGUCAACGGCAAGCGUGUUGAGGAUUCAAUCCAGCUACGUUCAGGUAACCGUAUCAUUAUGGGAAAGAACCAUGUGUUCCGGUUUAACCAUCCUGAGCAGGCACGAGCUGAAAGGGAAAAGACGCCAACGGCAGAAACCCCUGUGGAGCCGGUGGAUUGGACCUUUGCUCAGAGAGAGCUGCUGGAGAAGCAGGGCAUCGACAUGAAGCAGGAGAUGGAGAAAAGGCUCACUGAGAUGGAAAUCUUGUACAAAAAGGAAAAGGAAGAAGCAGACCAGCUUCUGGAGCAGCAGCGACUGGUGUACGAGAGCAAAUUGCAGGAGCUUCAGAAACAGGUGGAGACUAUUUCUGUGGUUACAGAGACACCUGAUGAAGAAGAGUUGGAGGAGGAUGAGGAGGAGGAGGAGGAAGUGCCGUGGACUCAGCACGAGUUUGAGUUAGCUCAGUGGUCUUUCAGGAAGUGGAGGUACCACCAGUUCACCUCCCUCCGCGACCAGCUGUGGGGAAGCGCCGUCUACCUGAAGGAGGCCAACGCCAUCAGUGUGGAGCUAAAGAAGAAAGUCCAGUUCCAGUUUGUCUUGCUGACAGACACUCUGUACUCUCCGCUGCCCCCUGAGCUCGUGUCUCCAGAGCCGGAGAAAGAGCGCGACGCCCGGCCUUUCCCCCGCACCGUGGUGGCCGUAGAGGUUCAGGACCUGAAGAACGGAGCCACACACUACUGGUCCCUCGAAAAACUCAAGCAGAGGCUGGAGCAGAUGAGGGAGAUGUACGACCGCGCUGGAGAAAUGGCCUCCACCAACCAGGAGGACGGAGAGGGCUCUCUGACAGGAAAUGAUCCCUUCUAUGAUCGCUUCCAUUGGUUUAAACUGGUUGGGAGCUCCCCGAUCUUCAACGGUUGUGUAAAUGAGCGCCUGGCCGACCGCACGCCCUCUCCGACCUUCUCCACCACGGACUCGGAGAUCACCGAGCUGGCGGACGAGCGUCAGAGCGAGAUGUCCGACCUGAUGGACGACGAGGCCUUUGUGGACGACACCAGCUCAGAUGCCGGCACCGAGGAGGGCUCGGACAUCUUCAGCGACGGCCAGGACCCCUUCUAUGACCGCUCCCCCUGGUUCAUCCUGGUGGGAAGAGCUUUCGUGUACCUGAGCAACCUGCUGUACCCUGUGCCACUGGUGCACCGUGUUGCCAUAGUAACAGAGAAGGGCGAGGUGCGUGGUUUCCUGCGUGUGGGGGUCCAGGCUAUAGCUGCUGACGAGGAGGCCCCAGACUACGGGUCAGGAGUUAGACAGUCAGGAACCGCCAAGAUUUCCUUUGAUGACGAGUACUUCAAAAAGAAUGACUUUUCCUCCGCGGUGAUGACCCACUCCGGCCUGUCCCUGGAAGAGCUGCGCAUUGUGGAGGGUCAGGGCCAGAGUUCAGAGGCCACCACACCCUCAGAGGAGCUCAACAGAAUCAAUGACAUGGAUCUCAAGCUGGGUGGCAUGGCUGACCCCAAGCUGAGCUGUGGUGAGGGUCUGGCGGGCCAGCUGGAGGUGGGCAGCAUCUUUACCUUCCGAGUCACGGUGCUCCAGGCCAGCGGCGUCCCACCGGAGUACGCAGACAUCUUCUGCCAGUUCAAUUUCCUGCACCGUCAUGAUGAGGCUUUUUCCACUGAGCCUCUGAAGAACACCGGCAAAGGGGCUCCUCUGGGCUUUUACCACGUCCAGAACGUUUCUGUGGAGGUAACGGAGUCCUUCAUCGAGUACAUAAAGACCAAGCCCAUCGUGUUCGAGGUGUUCGGCCACUACCAGCAGCACCCGCUGCACCUUCAUGGCCAGGAGCUCAUCAGUCCUCCAACACAGUCAAGGAAGUACUACCCUAUUCCCAUGCCUCUCUCUAGACCAGUUCCAGCCACCAAGUUGAACACCAUCACCAAGUCCAACCUGGGUCAGUGUGUCAGCAAAUAUGACCUGCUGGUCUGGUUUGAGAUCAGCGAGCUGGAGCCCACCGGAGAGUACAUCCCGGCUGUAGUGGAUCACAGCGGAGGACUGCCAUGCAACGGCACCUACCUGCUGCACCAGGGGAUCCAGCGCAGGAUCACGGUGACUCUCAUCCAUGAGAAGGGGAGCGAGCUCCACUGGAAGGACGUGCGUGAGCUGGUCGUGGGUCGUAUCAGGAGCAAGGCUGAGGUGGACGACAGCGCUGCUGAUGCUGUCCUGUCCCUCAACAUUAUCUCUGCCAAAAACAUCAAGUCAUCUCACAACUCCAACAGGUAUCUGAGAUUCACUCAAAUUGUACAAACAUGACACGUUUUAAACCCAUCAUAUUUUUUAGGUACUACUGUAAGUACAGGAAGAAAAUCAAACAUACUCUCUGUCUCCUCUUCACAGCUGGACCACUGCAUCCAGCCUGCUAUUAUUACCAAAGACAUCUGCAUGGUCUUCUACUCAAGAGACGCAAAGAUCUCCCCCCCACGUUCCCUCAGGAACCUCUUCGGGAGUGGAUACUCCAAAACCCCUGACUGCAAUCGCGUCACUGGCAUCUACGAGCUGAGCUUGUGUAAGAUGUCCGACACAGGCAGCCCAGGGAUGCAGCGGAGGAGGAGGAAGAUCCUGGACACAUCGGUGGCCUACGUGCGUGGAGAGGAGAACCUGGCUGGCUGGAGGCCCAGAGGAGACAGCCUCAUCCUGGAGCACCAAUGGGAGCUGGAGAAAAUGGAGCAGCUGCAUGAGGUGGAGAAGACCCGUCACCUGCUCCUGCUGAGGGAGAGGCUGGGAGACGAUGCUCCGGUAGGAACAGCCCCCCCCACCAAGUCCCUGAGCGAGCUGCUGUCCCCCAGCAUGAGCACCGGCAGCCUGUCCACCUCCACCUCCAUCUCCUCGCAGAUCUCCAGCACCACCUUCGAGAGCGCCAUCACGCCCAGCGAGAGCAGCGGCUACGACUCGGCCGACAUUGAGAGCCUGGUGGAUCGUGAGAAGGAGCUGGCUACUAAGUGCUUGCGCCUCCUGACACAUAGCUUCAACAGUGAAUACAACCAAUUGGUCAACAGCAUUAGUGACUGCAAGCUGUCUGACAUCUCCCCAAUGGGACGGGACCCAUCAGUCCAGAGCUUCAGCAGCGCCACCCUCACCCCCUCCUCCACCUGCCCCUCUCUGUCCGACUCACGCUGUGGAUCCAUGGACCAGAAGACCCCAGAGAACAGCUCCCGUGCCUCCAGUCCCUCCUGCUCGGACUAUGAAAACUUCCCCAUGGUUCCCAGUCCGGAGACGUCCUACCUAGCACGCGCUGGAAAGAAAGAGUUCCUCAACUUGGUGCCUGAUAUUGAAGAAAUGAGGCCAGGAUCUGUAGUUUCCAAAAAAGGUUUCCUAAGCUUCAUGGAGCCGCGCUCCAACUCGUGGGUGAAGCACUUUGUGGUUGUGCGCCGCCCCUAUGUCUUCAUCUACAACAGCGACAAGGACCCGGUGGAGCGGGGGGUCCUCAACCUCUCCACAGCUCAGGUGGAGUACAGUGAAGACCAGCAGGCCAUGCUCAAGACUCCCAACACAUUUGCUGUGUGCACAAAACACAGAGGAAUCCUCCUGCAGGCCAACAACGAGAAAGACAUGAACGACUGGCUGUACGCUUUUAACCCCCUGCUGGCAGGAACAAUAAGAUCUAAGCUGGCGAGGAGGCGCGGCGGCCCGAUUAAGAACUGAGUGGGUCGAGCGGCACUCAGAAAAACAACGGCUUCCUCUCUUUCUGGAAAGCCUUUUGAACAAACCGAGUGUUAACACUUAUUAAUCAUUGUGAUUCUUGACAGUUUUCUCUUGUAAGUAGACUUGUGGCUUGAGUCUCCUUUCAUGCGACUAAAAGUUUCAGUUCCAGAUACAUUUGCCUCCCCCGCUCCCUCCCACAUCCCUAUGCCAACUUAGCCUUCCUCCUCUCUAUUGCUCUCCCCCUGCUCCUCCGCUUUUUGUGUUUUUGUUUUUAAAACAAUGUUUGGGUCUAAUUUGAUUUGCUUUGUUGUCACUCCCUAACUCCCUAACUAGUAGCAUGUUGUAAUAGUCUACUUCUGUGUGCACGAUUCUUCAGAAACUGUUCUUUCUGGACACUAAUUUUCAGUUUGCCAAUCAUCUGUAAAGAAAUUGUCUAUAUCAAUGUUAUCUGUCUCCACAGAAGAGUUUAACUAUUUUUUUUUAUUAAUAUGCCCGCAUGAUAACUGCAGCAGUCCUCAGGAGAAAACCAGUUUUGCUUACCUAAAAUAAAUGUAAAUCAGAUAACUUAAAGUUUAAACCGUGAAAGGAAAAUAUACAAAUAUCUCCUAAAGUGGCGUAUCAGUUCACGUUCUGCUACAGAAGGCAAGGCUAAUUCAAGAUCUAUUGCUGCUAAUGAAUUCAUAGGUUUUUCUUCUCUUAAUGAGAUUUGCAAUAGGAUGCCCCCUGUAGCUCCCCUCUGCCGUCUACUAAACAACCUUUAGAAGCAAAAUGUCUGAAAAUUGUGUCUCAGCAAGACCUUAGGCAGCGCUGGGUUCCUACUGUCAUCCAUGUAAUAUAUAGACCCCGCCCAGUCCGUGCACAUUCACCAUCGCCAACCCCUAUAGUGCCGUCAGCCAGUGAUUUCUUACAAUCAUGCAUUUGUGUCAACAUCGAAAAUACACGCUAACAUGCAAACAUGUGUAAAGAACAUUUCAUAUCUCAGCAGUGAAAAUGUGACAAUGGAUUGUUCCUGCUUGGAGUAGAUAUUUGUCCCUGUCCUUUUGCUAUUUCAUCUCAAGAAACAGGUUUUGUAGAGGAGGAGGAAGACGGAUAGUACUCUAAAGUGAGAAUAUCAUUUGUACAUAACGUCUGUACUGGAAUCAGUGUGGUAGUUAACUCAAAUGUAAGACAUUCCUCUAGGCCUCCUUCCUUUCCUAGGAUGUUGAGAGUAUUUAGUUAACUGUACUUGUGAUACCGAAGACAAAAAAACACCUGGGGAAAAGCGAGUAAGAAAGAGAAUGAAGUUGCAAUGCUCUAGCCUUGAAGCCAGAAGAUAAGUGAUGAAGCUGCUAGCUCAUAGCCUGCAGGACAGAUAGUGAACGGUCCCAUGACUCCCCUCACUGUCAUGAUAGUGAAGUACUUACUGUUCAUCAGCACCACAGGUUACCACGUGUUCAUUUUAUAUUUGUGUUCUUGAAUUUAAACUCAUCUAACUCAUUGGGUUGACAUUUCUUUCCUAUUUUUAAAUUAUUAACAUUGUUUUUUUUCUAAUAUGCUUUUAACCAUUCCACAGUGAAGUUUUAUACGAGAUGUAACAGAGGGCAUUGAUUUCUUGAGUUGUAACCAGCUUUACUUGUGUUUAACCUUAUUUUGCACAUUAACACAUAUCUAUAGCAAGACAAGGGCAGAUCACACAUGUUGAGUCCAAGAUUAUUUCUGAGUAUCAGGAACACUGAUUAGAGCACAUAUCAAGGCUACACUGGAUAAAUAUUUAUGAGAAAGAAAGAAGUGAUAUUUAAAGGGACGACAUAUACACAAAGGUUUUAUUUCUGAUAUUGUUUGUGGAAAUAUUUGCUCUGUACAAAACAGCUGCUACAAUUGGCUCAAAAAUAAAGGGUGCCUCUGUCUCUUCAAGUGUGAUACAGCGAGGCAAUACAAACUCUGGCCAACCAACCAGUAGUAGCCCAGUGUAUAUUAUGUAAAGACAUUAGGGUUGAGUGGGAGGAAACAGAGGUAGUCAUCGCCUGUUACAAGUAUCAUUGGAAUUAUUAGGUACGUAUCUUCAAUUUUUUCUAAAGGAUAGAAAACAUUUUGCCUGCCCUCAGGUCGGCCAACCUGCCAGUCAGAGAAACAAAAAACUUUUGAAAUUGGAAAAAAAAAUGGUCUGUCUAGAAAAAUAAUAAUGAACAACCAUCUAUGCACUGAUCAGGCUUUAAGUGCAGCACAUUAACCUCAGCGUACUGUGAGAGAUAUCAACAUGAAGACCUGUCAGAGCAAACGGUUUCACUUUACUGACUAUUUUGCAGAGGUGUAUUAUUUUGGAUUGUGUAUUUAUUGUUUGCAAUGUAAAUAUUAGUUUGCAGCUCUUUGCACAUAUUAAUAAAAGGUUCAACUAACUGAUCAAAUAAAGACUGUGCAGUUUAGUUGUUCUACUGAGUGAACCAAAUGACGGUGGGGCAUCCUCUUCUGGUCUGAACUGGGAGAGCGUUGAAUGUACUAUGAAGUGUUUUUCCUGCGUUUGAAAAAAAAUAGAUGAAAAGAGAACUAAUUUGUUUCUCACUGCCUCUUUUUCAGAGGAGGUGAGUUACAUUACUGCUUCCUUUUUAUGAGAAAGUAGUUUGAUUGAAAGUUUGCUUUGGACUUUAAGAAUAUUUACUCCAGCCACUUGAAUUAUAACCAAAACAAGAGUGGUUUUAACUCCUUUUCAUUUUUUUCUAAUAUCAGGGAAUAUAAUACAAAGUAGCUCAUGACAUCUUAAAAGACAGUUUAGUAAUGUUGUGCUGGUGUCUUUCUUCACAACACAGUUUUUUUUUCUUUCUUCCGUUGAUGCCUUGCAAAACAAAACCACCCAUGAUAUUCUCCAUCUCCCCUCCUGACAUUAUAAUAUUAGUUUACUGCGUUCCCUCUGGAUUAGUUCACAAAAGAAAACGACAAACCACGACAUUAACACUGUACAUUAUUUGUUAGACUGGUUUCAUUUUCAUACUUAUUUUGUAAAUAUCCGUGUUGUAUGGAGCUUGAAUUCAAAUGUAAAUAUGUUUACUGUAUUUGUAAUAAUUAUAAUCCAUUCGCUGUAUAGCAUAGAUGUGUCAUGCAGAUAUCCUAAUUCUGUGUAUGGUAAUCUUGCACCAUUGAACUGUUUAGUGAAUGAGGCAACAAUAAAAGUGCAAACUGUGCAUUAGCAGAACAA